UUCACGCGCCACAUUUGAUCAGCCGCUUCGCGCGUCUCUCUUGUUUACUUUCGGUUAAAACAUACAAAUAUUAACACGUCUGAUAAAAUUACGAGCUUCUGUGACAUUAAUAACACACAGAGGUAUGUUUGAUUUGGGCGCUGCCGUGUCGUUAUAGAACAGAAAGAGCGUCAGUUUGUGUGAUGUGAGUCUGACAGGAUUCACAGUCGUUGAUUAAUCGUAAUUUACGUAUGAUGGUAAAAUGAGCAACAAUCAGAGGACUUUAUUCGAGUCGUGGGGCUGCAGCGUCUCUCACACAGACCAGAGAAAAACUACCUCAACAAAAACUUCUCAGGGAAAGAGUGUCAGAGCGACAGACAGGUGUGAACAGAGAGGUGAGACAGCAGCGGUCUAUAAGCACACUGAAGAUGAAGACGAUGAUGAUGAUCUGAUGCUCGUGGCUGUUUAUGAGGCAGAGAGGUCCCUGCAGGGCGAUGACGUCACGUCCGGCUUCGACCCCUCCGCAGGGCAGGUGUGGAUUUACCCUACGAACUACCCGGUGAGAGAGUACCAGCUGCGGAUCUCUGAGGCGGCUCUGCUGCAGAACACGCUGGUGUGUCUCCCCACCGGUCUGGGCAAGACCUUCAUCGCCUCGGUGCUCAUGUAUAAUUACUACCGCUGGUUCCCCGCAGGGAAGAUCAUCUUCAUGGCUCCUACUAAACCUCUGGUGUCCCAGCAGAUAGAGGCGUGUUACAGAGUGAUGGGGAUCCCACAGGAACACAUGGCCGAACUCACAGGAACGACAGCAGCACAGCAGAGAAGAGAGCUGUGGAGAUCCAAGCGUGUGUUCUUCUUGACUCCACAGGUGAUGGUGAACGAUCUGUCACGAAACACCUGUCCAGCAGCUCAAGUCAAGUGUGUGGUGAUCGAUGAAGCUCACAAAGCCACAGGAAAUCACGCAUACUGUCAGGUGGUUCGUGAGUUGAGGAAUCAGACGCAGCAGUUUCGUGUUCUGGCUCUCAGUGCCACACCUGGAGGAGACGUCAAGGCAGUACAGCAGGUGAUCUCUAACCUGUUGAUCUCUCACAUUGAGCUGCGCUCUGAAGAUAGUCCAGACGUGAAGUCCCAUGUUCAUCAGAGGAGUGUGGAGAAGAUCAUCGUCCCAUUAGGAGAGUCACUCACUCAGUAUCAGACACGAUACCUGCAGGUUUUGGAGAAGUUUACAUCUCGUCUGACCCAGAUGAGGCUGUUGAGUCAUCGUGACCUCCGCUCACUGACCAAGUACCAGAUCAUACUGGCCCGAGAACAGUUCAGACGAAACCCACCGCCACACAUCAUGGGGGGGCAGCAUGGGGCUCUUGAGGGUGAUUUUGCCCUCUGCAUCAGUCUGUAUCACGGUUUUGAGUUACUGCAGCAGAUGGGCCUCAGAUCGCUCUUCCUCUUCAUCCAGAACAUCUUCUCUGGACCUAAAGAAUCAUCUCGUGUCAGGAAUGAACUUCAGAGGAGUCCAGUCUUCAUGGAUCUCUACAGAGAUAUGGAGACCAUGUUUACCACAUCCAGCAGAGAGUCUAAAGAGCGGCACGUCUACAGUCAUCCUAAACUACAGAAACUGGAUGAGGUGGUUUUACAGCACUUUAAAACAUGGGCUGAGAGCUCAGGCAGCAGCUCAGAGGUUGCGAGUACACGCGUGAUGAUCUUCUCUUCGUUCCGUGAGAGCGUGCAAGAGAUCGCUGAGAUGUUGAACCGUCAUCAGCCACUGGUCAGGGUCAUGACCUUUAUGGGUCAGGCGUCUGCUGGGAAAGGGGUUCGAGGAUUCACACAGAAGGAGCAACUGGAGGUUGUGCGUCGGUUCCGUGAGGGGGGUUUUAACACACUGGUGUCCACGUGUGUUGGUGAAGAGGGUCUCGAUAUCGGUGAAGUGGAUCUCAUCGUGUGUUUUGACGCUCAGAAGAAUCCCAUCCGUCUCGUUCAGCGAAUGGGCCGGACGGGCCGCCAGCGACACGGACGAAUUGUCAUCAUACUAGCGGAAGGACGCGAGGAACGAACGUAUAAUCAGAGUCAGAGUAACCGGCGCAGUAUAAACAAAAGCAUCAUGGGAAACAAGCACAGCUUCCAGAUGUUUCCUCACAGUGUGCGCAUGCUGCCCGCCGGCAUCACACCAACACUGCACAAGAUGCACAUCAGCUGCGGUCAGUUUGAACACAGAGACAGCGGACGCACCUCCAUAAAGAGUCGGAGGUCAUCGCUCAACCCGCAGAUCACAGGCAGUGAUCAGAAGUGUGUGAAGACAGACGGGUGUCUCACUGCAGUGGAAGAGGCCAUGUGGACAUCCACCAUGAGACUGGGAGAGAAUGAACCUCAGCCUGUGUUCAGAGAAAAAUCUUUCCUGACCUUCAGUGCCAACCGAACACCACAGGAGCAGUGUGUAUCCGGUCCGGUACGAGAGCUCUCUCUCUGGGAGUGGAGACACUGGCAGAACAGGCCGCUUCACACACACACAGUGGAACAUUCCGAGCGCUGCCAACACUUCACAUCCAUCAUGGAGUUGAUUGACAGGAUGAGACAGGAGGAGCAGGGUGACUGCAGUUAUGAAUCCGAGCUCAUGCCGUAUCUACAGAAAGAUGAUGUUGUGGGUUACAACGAUGAUGGCCAAACAACCAAAGAAAACACUGAUAAAAUCACUCGACAGAUGAAACUGAAAUCCAAAGCUGCUGCUCAUAGUAUCAGACGGCCCUCUUCCAAAACCAGCUUAGAUGAAACUAUUGAAGAUCAGCAAAGGGAGAGUAACAAAAAAUCAGUGUCUACUCCAUGGACGUUGAUCCAAAGCAAAACAUCCUUUGAGAAGAACUGUGAUAUCACAACACUCAAUAACAUUUGGGAUGAUUGUAGUCGAGACAGACAAAUACAAAACAACUCUGGAAUGGAUGUUGACUGUGUCACAUUAACUGAAGACGAAGGCCAUUCGGAGAUGGACUUGUCAACAUGGCAAGAGCGAAUGGAUCGUUUGUUAGAAGAUCCCAGUGCUGAAGUUGUUCAAUCAAACUCAGAGUUAUUAUGUGAUGUUCAACCACUGGACGAGUGCUCAGAUCUUCAGCAAAUGUUCUAUUUAUCUAAAUGGAGUGUCAGUCCUAAACUGCGUCCUCACAACGUGGCGGCCAAAACAUUUCAAAUGAUUCUCGCCAACGUUAAAGAUCUCCUGUCCAAAUCACCACCACGGGACUUUGAUUUGAGUUUCCCAGAGAUCAGUGCAGAUAUCCAACCAAAAGAGUCGUUUUCUGAUCCCGUUGAGGAGUGUGAUCUGUUUCCAGUGAAGUUUUGUCUAAGAACAGACGAGGAAUCUGACGAUGGUGACUCUGUUGACCGUGACAUGGAUAUCUCACCUCAGAAAUCACCAACUUAUCCUGGAAUUCCCAGCAAAUCGCCACAGUUAUCAGGAAAGGCACUUUCACCCAGCUGGGAUGAGAUGUUUGAUGAUGGGCAGGAGGACAUUGAAGCGCUAAUAGAAACUGACGUGCAUUUAGAGCGACAACAACCCCCCACAGGUCUGGACCAGAGUGUUGACCUGUUUGGAAAUGAUGAAGCGUUCCUUCAGGUGACCUUACCUGAUGUUCAGACACCAGAUGAGACCGCUGUAGCUCAUGAAGAAGAGAUGAUGAACACUUCUGCUCUGAAUGCUACUACCCGAUUGAACAGCUCAAGAACAGAAGGACAGAGAGCUGAGCAGAGCUCUGAGGAGUUCAACUGCUCGCAGGACUUCUUCUCUGUGAACUUUGACCUCGGCUUUUCCAUUGACUCUGAUGAGGACGAGUCUAAUGAACUGGAUACCGGAUCAGCUGCUAAACAAGAGUUAAACAUCACAGCAUCAGCUGUUCACAAACCCAAAGCGUCUCCUGCAGUCUCGUCACCACAGCCUCGUCCAGCUGCAGGAAACUCAACGCUGAUCCAGAGAAGAUGUGACCAAUCACCGCUCGCCUCUGACAGAUGGUGUUCAGUGACGCGUCCCAGCGCCUCCACACCGAAUCAUGUGCUGCUGUGUGACGUCAACAGAAGAACAGAAGAUCACACACACAACACGAUCAGGAAGUCACUUUCUGAGAGGAAGAUGUUUGAUCAGUGUCCUGCAGGUUCAGUGUUGAGCAGUGACAGUGAAGAGGAGAUAGUUGUGAAGAAACCAGCACAUAAAGUGAAUCCUUUAGCAUCUCCUGAGCAGACAAAGAUCUUCAGUGAUGUGGAUUCUCCCGUACAAGCGUGUAGAAAACGCACUGCUGCAUUGAACAUGUCAGAAGAGAGUGACGGGAAUGAUGGGUCAGAUGAGGAUUUUCAGGAUGUUCAUCGGUCCAGAGUUCUGGAAUCAUGUAGCGUCAGGAAUCCUCAACUGAAAACUAAUAAGGUUCGAGGAGGGCGUCAGUUUUUGGAUGAGGAGGCAGAACUGUCUGAAGAUGAAGAUGUGUCAACAGAUGAAGAUGAUGGAGAUGAACAGAACCGUUCUCUAGAGGGCUUUGUGGUGAACGCCACUCAAUGUUCUCAGGGCCUCAGUGAGUCUGAGAUGCAGGCUUUCUAUCUGAAGUCUGUGAGGAGCCCAGCACUCCAGAACCAUCUCAGAAUGACUUCCAGAACCAAACCAAACAUGAACAUCUUCUCACAGGUGCCUGAACAGGACGAGUCAUACGCGGAGGACAGUUUUGUGGUUCACGGGAGUGAAGAUGAAGAUGAGGAAGGGGAGAGUGAUGAAGAUGUGCAGAUAAUCCCUGAAGACUCGUUUAUUGAUGGCAGGAAACAGUAUGCCACACGACGGCGGGUUCGAAUAAAACAGAUCAGAGCAGCAAACGAGGUGAGAGACGUCCAAUCAGAGAACAGCAGGAAAAACAAGUGCUCACGCAUCAUCAGAGUACAAGAUUCCAGUGAGGAUGAGGAGGAGACGUGUGUCAGACGAGCAGACGAAACACCGUCUGUAUUUAAAGUUCCUCAGUGUCUCCAGAAUGUCUCCACGGUCCCUGAGAAACGAGCGAGACUAACAGAGAAACAGCAGCAGGACGAGAGGAUCAGACAGAGGCUCAGAGAUCAGACCGCACUGUCAGACCAACUUGACUUCCAAACGGACAAACAGGUGAUCUGCGCAGCUGCCAUGAAUCGGAGCCCGCCGGCUGCAGACGCUCCUCUCAGUGUGUUGGUGGACAGCCGCUGCAUCAGUGGAGGGUCAGAGGUCGUGUCCUCUCUGCGACUCAAACACCGGGUGAAAGUUCACGUGUGUUCGCUGGUCAGUUCGGAUUUCAUCGUGAGUAACCGCAUGAGUGUGGAUUGGCACAGCGAAUCAGACAUGUCCAGCGUUCAGAACCGCAGGCGACUGCAGGACAGAAUGCAGAAACUGGAGGCGUUAUACGAGCGCGUGUGUUUGAUCAUUGAGAAAGACCGACCCAAACCGGGUGAGACGCUGAGAGUGUUUCAGCGCAGCCGCUAUUAUGACGGGACGCUGGCGGCGCUGGUGAAGGUGGGAGUUCGGCUCAUGUUCAGCAACAGUCCAGACGAAACUGCCACCAUCCUGACUAAUCUCACACAGGUCGAGAAGAGGAAAGGUCACGGCAUAUGUGUACCGCUGGAGGUCAAAGGUCAUCGCCAGCAGGCGCUUCAGUUUUGCCUCGCGCUGCCACACGUGAGCUACAUCAACGCCCUGAACAUGUGUCACCACUACACCUCCAUCAGUCACAUGAUCAACAGCUCUCUCGAUGAGUUGCAGGCGUUUGCGUGUGUGAAUCGCUCCAGAGCAGAAGAAAUUUACCGCAGUCUGCGUUACAGCUGCGAUUCAACACUCAUGACCACCGGCAACUGACCACCAAACUAACAUAUCCUCAGCACUUUAACACAUUAUGUAUUAUUUCAUUCAUUUUACUGACACAAACAUGGAAUGAUCAAGAUUAGACUUUCCAUCAUGUGAUGUAAAUAAAUCUGUCUUUUCCGAUUCGGAAAGUGAUUUGUAUAGCUCUGAUUAUGCAAAUAGCCAGUUUGGUAAUUCUGUUAUGGAGUAUUUAUGUUUACGAGUAAAAGAAUAUCUGUGUGAGCUGGUAAGACUUUGAAAAAUAAAACUGCUCAGUGUUUUUAAUCAUUUCUUGUAAUUCUUUUACUAUCAGUUUCAUGUGCUGUUCUGAACCACUAGAGGCUGAUCUAACACCACUGAACAUCAUCAGAACUCUGUUUUAUCUCUGUUUCCCAGAGGCCAGGGCUGUACACUAACAGGAGCGCUCGUGCACAGUCAGAGGUCAGUUUUCUAUGUUUUACUGUUAAUGGAUCAUAAAAGUGCAUGCAUAUAUACAAGUAGGCAUUAAGAAUUCAUAAACAAAAGAUGCCUGAUGCAUGACUCUGGUAAACCUUUUUCAAGUUAUUUUUUAAGUGAAUCUGACCGCCAGCAGCAAACAACAUCAGUCCUGACUGAUCACCUUUAUGAGCUCUAACAAACUUAAAAUAUAUAGAUGACACUUUAUACAUCCAUUUGCAUUAACAAACAUUAUAUUGGUAAUAAACACAAUAGAGACUCUGUAGGCCGGAUUCUGCAAAAAUAUACUACGAGAAAAAUGAAAAACCCCACAUAAUGAUAAUUAAAAUUCAAAAGAACGCCAUUAAAUUCCACACCCACCUGAAUGAUGAGACCCUCCAUCACAAAGCCCUAACCUAUCCAGAGCUGACCCCAGAGAGAAGAACUGACCUCACAAUCCAAAGCAUGUCCGACUGUGAAUAAAAACUCCGCUAGACCAAAUUAUUAAAACACAAACACACACAAAUCAGCCUGAUCUCAUGAACAUUACGUGACUCUUGCAAAAUUUUUGCUAAACGAAAUUACAUGGUUCGUUACAGGUUUCGCUGCAGCUUCCCAGUGAAAUGUCCAGCAGGGGGCGCCAAAAGCGAGUGAAAUGGUGUCGUAAUCAGACAAGGUUUUUAAUGUAAAUAUUAGAUGGAUGUUUUAAUGAGUAAAACGUACCUCCCGAACCUAAAACUUAAGCCUAAACUGAACCAAUAGUGUCCUGAAAGCAAAUGAGAGGUCAACAAAACAGACAUCCUUCCCCUAAACCAACACCUAAACCUAAACGAUAGUGUUUAAGAGCAAAUUCAACAUGAAAAACAUUUCGUGUCUCUUCUUUGACACUCUCGUCUCACAUGUCAGCUUGACCGCAAUCUUCUGAGUCCAACACUCGAUCAGGUUGAAAUGAUGCCGUUAUAGAAGUGUUCGUGUGUGAGUAAUAGUGUGAAAAUGAAGUGUUUAUAAAGUCAUAAUCAGCCUUUGUACUGGUGAUUUGUGUAAAAGUGAAUUAAACGCACAGUUAAACUGUGGCAAAUUGUAGAACGUGGCACGUAAAACUAUGUAUUUAUAGUAACAUUCAUUCUAUAGCCUACAAUUUAAUUUAAUAAGUUCAGAUGUCAGAUCAGAUGUCGCUUGCACCACUGCAUCCAAAUAUAUUUCCACAUCGCACACAGUCGUUUUUAAAUGCACGCACUGUAGAGUCCUGCUUGUGAAACAUGAUGCAGAAUAUCUUACUGUACAGAAAUAGGUCAAUUACAAGUGAGAUGGUGUUAUAAAAUAGUCACAUCAUGUUUAAGGUGCAAAUAAAGGUUUAAAUAUCUAUUAGAAAAUGUAAAAUUUUAGACAAGGUGACAACUCUUAUAAAUUCUAAAUCUUUCUCUUUAGUUAUUCUACACAUAGAAUAAAUGAAAAUUCUGCAAAAUCCAUAGUUUUUGUUGUACAAUCUUACGGGUCAUUUCACACAAUUAUAACCACGAUCAAUCCAGAGUAAACAGACGGCGUGUGGACAUUUCAUCCUCUUUAGUGGUUUUUGCAUUAGCAAGGCGCAACUAUAAACCGCAACAGUUCCCGCCCACUUUUUAAGCCAUCUUGGAUCCGGAAGGUUUUUUUCCCAUUCAUUUUUUCUAUUGGGAUUUCAUAAAAGAGUUGUAAUCCAUGAACCAAACCAACCAGCUCCGACAUUACAAACUUUGAUUUGAAGCAAAAAAAUUGUACUAAAAGACAAAGAUACAAGACUGUGUACUUAAUGUCUUUAAUGAGGGAAUGAACUACAAUCCCAUGAAGCAUUGCGAAUGAUGUAAUCGAAUUACAAACGAUGGGAAAAUAUAAAACUAUUGAUUUAAAGAUGUUGAUUGAGUAUAGAAACAAUAUUUUUUAAUAACAGUAUAAUUAUAUUGUGGACGGAUGUCUUCAACAGAAGCAUAUAUCAUCGAUUAACAACCUCAGAACUCACGGUACAUCUGUUUUUAAAGGUUUAUAAGUUAUCGUUAAAAAUCAAUUCGCCUAUGUUAAAAAUGAAUGGGAUUUAUACUUCGGGAAUCAGACUGUUCCGCUCCAUUAGUGUUGCUAGGACCUUCGUUUAGGGAUCUAACAAAUUCUCUAAACCAAUUCUUCUUCCGCACAAAUUUCAGCAUCAAGUCAUCCCGCACCAUUUGUCGCACAGCCAUGAAUGAGGUGUCAAAUUAAUUUUUAUAAUGGCAGUUUAUGUGUAAAAUAAGGCCUGUGGUUAAAAUUACUUGAGGAUACGUUUACGUUUUGUUCUAGAAAAUAAAUGACACACAGUCAGACCUCAAACGUUAAUUUUGAAGCUACUGUGUUUUUAACCUCUUCAACUCUGGAGUGUUUUUGGGCUGCCGCCUACAAUUUUUCACACUCAGAUUUAAAAGUGCACCGGUUCAUGCACCUCCCCCAUUAUUUCAUUGAAUAUCUCGGCCUCUGAGUGGACUAGAAGCUCAAUCUAGGUGUCAUUAGAAAGCUGAGAUCCUCUUUGCAAUGAUAUAUAAGAUUUUAGCAUCAAUAGUCAAAAACAUAUUUUCAAUGAUUUGUUUUGCAUUCUUUUCCUUCUGGACUGCAUAUUUUGUUCUGCACAUCUAAGAUAUAACAUUGGAUUAUUCACACAAGCAUGCUCACAGACAAGUAAAAAUGGCUCAUUUUUUACAGAACUUCUUAAGGUAAAAGCAGAUAUAAAGUUUUUAGCUAUUUGGGGCUUACAGCAGCAGUUAUCGGAGCAUAAAUGAGAUGUUUUAAGUUCUAUUUGAAAGACUUUUAUGUUCAUAUUAAUAUUUCUACCACAUAACCACUAGGUGGUGCUUAUUUGCGACGCAGAUGUUUUAAGGCCUUAUUUAGUUAGUAACAUAAAUGCAGAAUUGAUACCACAUAUGCCUGACUUGUUUAUACGGAGACUUGAGCAUUUUAAGAUUAAACUUUUUUUUGCAAUAUAGCGCCCCCCUUUUUGGGUCCGCCGGCGGGUCCACAGAGUUGAACAGGUUAAAAACGCAUGUUGCUGGGGGGCCUGGGUAUCUCAGCGAGUAUUGACACUGACUAUCACCCCUGGAGUCACGAGUUUGAAUCCAGGGCGUGCUGAGUGACUCCAGACAGGUCUCCUAAGCAACCAAAUUGGCCCGGUUGCUAGGGAGGGUAGAGUCACAUGGGGUAACCUCCUCGUGGUCACUAUAAUGUGGUUCUCGCUCUCGGUGGGGCGCGUGGUGAGUUGUGUGUGGAUGCUGCAGAGAAUAGCGUGAAGCCUCCACACGCGCUAUGUCUCCACGGUAACGCGCUCAACAAGUCAUGUGAUAAGAUGCGCGGAUUGACGGUCUCAGACGCGGAGGCAACUGAGAUUCAUCCUCUGCCACCCGGAUUGAGGCGAGUCACUACACCACCACGAGGACUUAGAGCGCAUUGGGAAUUGGGCAUUCCAAAUUAGGGAGAAAAACGCAUGUUGCUUUCACGUUGCUAUUUAAGGACUACAACUACCAUCAGCAUGUGAGCUACAUGCUUUAUGAAACGAACGGCUGUUGUAGUCCUUAUUUAGUGACUGGUUAGCAACAUGCAUUUUUAAAAGACGCAACGGCUUCAAAAUCCACGAUUGAGGUGUGACUGUUUAAUUUAUGUUCUAGAACAAAACUUGAAAGUUUCUUACAAGUAAUUUUCACCACAGAUCAUAUUUUACUCUCUUAUUUAACUUACUUUUUUACUACUAAUUUAAAAAUCCCUAUUCUAAAAGGGGUAUUCCUAAAGGGAACACGUGGUGAAUUAGUCUUCCGGGUUUGCCUACAAAUUGACAUCACAGCUGAACAGCUCUAUUGAGGAGAAGGGAUCUGUGGGAUCAUAUCUCCAGAUCAGAAUAUCAUAGAGACUUAGCUGUGGGUUCUUUUGACUCUGGGCCCCUGGUGGGACAUUGUGUUGAUGGGUUUUGCCACGGCAAGAACCACUCACAUUUUCUUCAGAAAAUGUUCCUAUCUAGUUAGAGCUGCUGUGGCACUAUUAUGAUUCCAAAACAUCAGCUCUGAACAUCUAAAUGUUGAAAUUAAUUAAAGAGUUACUUUUAAAUGGAAAGUUUGAAGCAUUAUGCUGAUAAUAACUGAGAAAUAUAAGAACAGGACAAAUAAAAGAUGACAGAUGAGUACAGUGCAAUAUUUUGGCAGCAUGCACAAUAUGGUCCACAAAACAUAGAAAACAUGAUAACAAUAAUGUGAGGUCAUCCUUGAGUGAGGCAUAAAUCUCAGUUGAUUGACCUUCAUAUUGGGACUUCUCCAUCUUUAUUAGACCAUCACAGCAGAGAGUUACGGAAGAGUUACAGGGAUAAUGGGUCAGUGGGAACAGGACAUGUAGCAGCCUGGACUCAAACCUGUGUUACCUGCAUGAGCACCAAAGCUCAACGUGUCAGAAGCACAUGCCACAUCAAGUCUCCAGUAUUUAAAAGGCUGCUUGAAGAACUAUUAGGAUUGUGGGAAAUAAACUGUUUCCAUCGACACAGACAAAUGUACAGUAUAUUUCCCACAAUCCUAA